GUUCGGCGUCGGCGCUUUAUUGCUUGGUUUGGUCGUAAUCACGAUAUCUGGGGUAUUGGCUCAUAUGUAUGAUCCGCCAUGGUCAUUGAACUUCCCAGCUGUUCCUGUUUUGGCCGAACGCUUGUGAUAUUAGCGAAUUCGUCAGUUAUUACUCUGUUUGCUGGACGCUCAUUUGUCCCAGCUGCCGUCCAGUAUCAGUAGUAGUACCCGACCGUCGGCGUCGCUGCUCGUCAGGUGAAUGCCAGAUAUGGGCAUUGGCGUGCCCCACUCUCGGCACGGAACAUCUGCUCUUCUGGACGUACAUAUUUGCACCUCCGAUUCCGCAGGGAGGGGUGAUUGGAACUUUUGGUGAGCGUCCGUCGGCGGCUGAUAACUUCGUCGGUGUGAGCGUAAUUUUGAUGGCUUGACGCCUUCUAUUUGCGGCACUUGCGGCAUGAUACGGCCCGAGGGGUCCCUGCGUCAGCUGUUUCUUGUUUGACAUGCUCACACCGGUGUCGAUCCACUAGGUCGAGGCGGUGCCGGUGGCGAUAUCCCAGGCGCAGGUGCAGAGGGUUGGCGCACAGGAUGCCGGCCGAUUGCGCUUUGGAGAGAUAAAGUUCCGUUAUGAGCUUUUCCUGUAGAUGCGGGCGGGGAGGCGGCAAAGUUUACACCUCUGCAGUGCCAGGUGUAGCCCGUUUUUUGACGUGGCCACCCAAUUGGCGUGCGACCGAUAAGAGGGGUCGGCGCUACGUCGGGUCCAGGUGGGGUAAGGCCAUCUGCCGCCUGCGCCCUGUUGACCCGCGUUAUCCAUGAAGGUGUCGGGAAUUGAAGCGCCGUUCUUCUCAGAUGAUUUCACUUUUGCGUGUUUGGCUUUUAGUCUCACACCAAUAUGCAUGCCUUAUGAUUCUGUCAAUUCCUGUAAGCUGUGAUUCGAAAAAAAAUGUGGCUUCCGUCACAACUACAUCAGGGAGUUACAGCAAGCUUGUCUCCCCGUCCCCCGUAACCCUAAACUUGUCACUGGCAACCCUAUUCUCUUUUCUUCUUGCUUUCAGACUCACUUUCCCGGCCACUUCAGGGAUGGUGACCUGCGUCCCCAUAUUCGGCCAUCAACGACUCAGCACCCUCCUCCUUUUUCAGACCCACCUGCCCGGCUACACAAAGGAGGCUCGUCUGUCUCUCUUACGACCCCGGUAUUGUUACUAACACCCUCCUCCUUUUUCAGACCCACCUGCCCGGCUACAUCAAGGAGGCCGACACCUUGAAGGCGACUGGCGUGGAUGAGAUUGUCUGCAUGGCCGUCAACGACCCGUUCGUCACCGCCGGCUGGGCCAAGGCGCAGGGAGCGGAGGGCAAGGUUCGUAUCCUGUCCGACGUGAAGCGUGAGCUGACCUCUGCGAUGGGCAUGGAUUUCGACCUGUCCGACAUCCUGGGCACGGUGCGCUGCAAGCGCUUCUCCAUGGUGCUGCAGGACGGCGUGGUCGAGUCGCUCGACGUCGAGCCCGACGGCAAGGGCCUCUCCUGCUCCCUCGCCGACGUACUCGCCAAGAAGCUGGCCAAAAAGUGAGCGCGGCGCUGGCGGCGGCGGCGGCGGCGGACCGGCCAGUACGGGCGCGCUGAGGGUGAGAGGGGUGGGAGAGCUUUGAGACGGAGGGGUGCGAAGGGAGAGCUGGGCGCGCUGAGGGCUGCGCGGGGUGAGAAGGGGAGCUGGGAUGUCGGGCCGUGGCAGUGAGAGCGUAGGGCAUUCGGAGAGCUGAAUGUUGUAAAUGUUUCUCAGAAACGUGACGUGACUUUUGUCGGAUCGUUGAGAAUUAACUUGUUUAGAGUCUGGUUACGAGGUGUUAACCGGCGAAUCAUGGCUGUUCACUAUAUUAAGCUUGUAACAAAACCUCUCCAGAAUAUAUUGUUUAGAAUGUCUAUUGUCCAAGCACCAGAUAGGUGUGUCUUUGUUUAUUAUACGAAGCACAAUCGUGAGCACUGCACGGUGACAAUAAAUAUUUGGUUAUGAA